AUGUGGAUCAGCGACUGUAUGAGCCACAAGAUGUCUGACGCGUGCUUUGUGACAGGCGGCACUUGCGAGGCUCUCCAGAUCCAGGGUCAGCCAGUCUCCCUGGAGCUGAAGACAGUCACGGGCCAGUCAGUUGUGUCCAGCUCAGUCGUUGAUGACCUGGUGAUUGAGCCUGUGCAGGGAGGUGACAGCAUCGUCCUUCCUCAGUGCUAUUCGCGUGAGGUGAUUCCAGCAGAGCGUUCGUGCAUCCCCAGAAGAGAGUCUGCCAGGAAGUGGUCUCACCUGGCGCCGAUCGCAGAUGAGAUACCGCUGUACUACCCUGCAGCUGGAAUCGGCCUUCUCGUCGGGAUGAACUGCCCAAAAGCCGUGAAGCCCAGAGACGUCAUCACAGGUGACGACAACGACCCGUGGGCUGUAAGGACCGUACUGGGAUGGGGCAUCGUAGGCCCUGUCUGUGACAGCGAGAACAUCAAUUCUGGAUGCCAGUACAUCGACGCAGGAAAAGGAACCCGCAGGCUGUGUCACUUCGCAUUCAGGACUACAGCUCAUGAGAUGACUCCUCAGCAGCUUCAUGAGAUGUUUGAACAGGACUUUGUGGAGACAAGAGAGGAGAAACCACAGUCAGUUGAAGACAGGAUGUUCCUGAAGAUGAUGUCCGAAGAGAUCCAUCAGAAAGAAGACGGGCACUACGAGAUGCCGCUUCCGCUGAAGGGAGACGUCAGACUGCCGAACAACAGAGCUGCAGCAGUGCAGCGCCUCAAAGGACUCCGCUCGAAGCUAGUACGAAAUGAUGCAUUCCGGCGUGACUACACAACGUUCAUGGAAGCCACGAUCGCCAAUGGUCACGCUGAGAAGGUCCCAACAGAUGAACAGCAGCUCAGCAAUGGCAGGGUAUGGUAUUUGCCCCACCACGGCAUAUACCACCCGAAGAAGCCGGACAAAAUCCGUGUCGUUUUUGACUGUAGCACCGAAUUUGGUGGAGAGGUGCUGAACAGUCAUCUAUUGCAAGGACCCGACAUGACGAACAGCCUCGCCGGAAUCCUCUGUCGUUUUCGGAUGAAACCGAUCGCUCUUACAUGUGAUAUCAGAGGCAUGUUCAAUCAGGUGGGGGUCAACAGAACCGAUCGUAACUUCCUGAGGUUCCUCUGGUGGGAAAACGGUGACGUGAAUCAGGAGCCCGAGGAGUACCGAAUGACGACACAUUUGUUCGGCGCAAGAUCUUCACCAGCAUGUGCUAUGUUCGCCCUCAGAACAGCAGCCGACAGCUACGCAGAUGAAAGUGGAAAAGAAGCUGCCGACUUCGUAAGAAGAAACUUUUACAUCGACGACGGUCUCACGUCCGUAGAUGACGAAGACACAGCUGUGCGCCUCAUCGACGCGACUCGCCAGUUGUGUAAGCAGGGUGGAUUUGAACUACACAAGCUGUCGUCUAACAGCGUUGAAGUCCUGAAAUCUGUGCCGCCAGAGAGCCGCUGCUCUACUACGCAGAGUCUGGAAGCCGGAGCGGGCAGGCUGCCCAUCCAGCGAGCUCUUGGCAUAGAGUGGGACACAGAAAACGACGUACUUCAGUUCAGUGUGAAGCCCAACGAGAAACCACCAACUAGAAGGGGGAUGCUGUCUGUGGUUAGCUCCAUAUUUGACCCCCUCGGCUUCAUCUCUCCAUUUAUUCUGAGAGGCAAGCAAAUUCUAAAGGAGUUGUGCCGUGAUGGUCUCGGCUGGGACGACCCAGUCCCAGAGACUCUGCUGAUGCGCUGGAAUGAAUGGAUGUCAGAGCUGGAGACCCUGUCAACCCUGAAAAUUCGAAGAUGUUACACACCGAUGGACUUCGGAGACCUGCAGCAAGUGGAACUGCACCACUUCUCCGAUGCCAGCACGCACGGAUACGGUCAGUGCAGUUACCUCCGCCUCAUAGACGACCAGAACAGAGUCAGCUGUAGACUUGUGAUGAGUAAGGCCAGGGUGACUCCUUCCAAACCCGUUACAGUCCCUCGCCUCGAGCUCACCGCAGCACUGAUUUCCGUUCAAGUGAGCAGCUUCCUUCAGAAAGAACUUGACCUCGGCAGUGUCGCCGAAUUCUUCUGGACCGACAGCAAGGUGGCCAUCGGCUACAUCUCCAACGAGGCCAGACGCUUCCACGUGUUUGUGGGAAACCGAGUCCAACAGAUUAGGGAUCGUACAGAGCCCCGUCAAUGGCGGUAUGUCGAGUCCAAGAUGAAUCCUGCUGAUCUCGCCUCAAGAGGCACGAGCGCCGCCGAGCUCAGAGACAACACCUUGUGGUGGUCCGGACCACCAUUCCUGAACAGUGUGAACCCACUGCCGGAUCAGAAGGUGAGCCCAACUGUGGACCAGAGUGACCCUGAGGUGAAGCACACCAUUCGACCAGUCGUUACGUUUCAGACUGCUGCAUCAGAGACACGUCCCCGUGCCACCGUGACCGAGAGACUUCAGCGUUUCUCGACCUGGCACCGGGCCAAGAGAGCUGUUGCGCUAUGUCUGAGGUACAUGGACGUGCUGCAGGGACGGCGCCACUCAGUUGGACAACCACUGACGGUUGAAGACCUGCAAAGAGCAGAGACAGCGAUGAUAAGGGCUACGCAAGCUGAAGCGUUCCCAGAAGAGCUGAAAGUGUUGAAGAAGAUGAAGAAGACUGAUGAAGUGAAGAUGAGUGUCAAGAAGACCAGCAGGCUCGUGAGGUUGGAUCCUUUCCUUGGAGCCGAUGGAUUGAUUCAUGUAGGCGGCAGGAUCCGAAGGGCAGAACUACCAGUGACUGAGCUGCACCCAGUCAUCCUCCCGCGAGCAAGUCACGUCACCUGCCUACUUGUCGACCACUGCCACCAGAGAACCCGCCACGCUGGCCGCGGGAUGACCCUAGCAGAGAUCCGCUCUGCAGGGUUCUGGGUAGUUGGAGCCAGAGGUGUAGUCUCGCGCCACAUCCUGGCCUGUGUGACCUGCAAGAAGAUCCGUGGAUCUCCAGUGGAGCAGAAGAUGGCUGACCUGCCGGAAGACCGCCUGAGCCCUGCCGAGCCGUUCACGCACAGUGCAGUGGACCUGUUCGGCCCGUUUUACAUCAAGGAACGGCGGAGCGAGCUCAAACGAUGGGGAGUUCUGUUCACUUGCAUGGCAUCAAGGGCUGUGCAUAUUGAGACGGCCAAUUCCCUCACGACAGACUCCUUCUUGAAUGCUUUCAGGAGGUUUGUCGGUAGACGCGGUCCAGUGAGAACGCUACGCUGCGACAGGGGCACAAAUUUCGUCGGCGGGAAGAACGCGAUGGAAGAAGCUUUGAAAGAAAUGGACCACGAGAAAGUUCAAAGGGAGCUCCUGAAAGAGAACUGUGAUCUCGUCGAGAUGAAGAUGAAUGUGCCGUGCGCCAGCCACAUGGGCGGCACGUGGGAGCGGAUGAUUCGCUCCGCAAGAGGUCAGCUCGACGACGAGACGCUGAGAACAGUGAUGGUGGAGGCCGAAGCAAUCAUGAACAGCCGUCCCAUAUCCUCUCCCGACAUGACCCAAACUGACCUAGUAGAACCGCUAACACCUAACCAAAUACUAACUCAAAAGACUAGACGAGUACUGCCCCUCCCUGGUAGAUUCCAGUCAGCAGAUGCUUACUCUCGCCAGCGCUGGCGUAGAGUCCAGCUAGUAGCAGACCGCUUCUGGUCAAGAUGGAGGACGGAGCUCUUGUCUUCACUCCAAGAGCGCCGACGAUGGAGGUCGGCGAGGCCCAACGUUCAACCGGGCGACGUCGUGCUCCUGAUGGAGGAAUCUCCGAGAGGCAGCUGGCCUCUGGGCCGGAUCGUCGAGGCCGUGCCCAGCCGUGACGGCCUGGUGAGGAAGGUGAAGGUUCGCUCCGGAGGCCGGGACCUGGAGCGGCCUGUGCACGGCAUCGUCGGCCUGACGCGCUGA